AUGGGAAUUUUGAGUGUGAACUUGGGUGAGCAAAUUGCCCCUUUGAUUUUGGCAAAUCCUCAGGGGAAUGUUGCAGAUGCUAGUCCUCAAGGACAGCAGGUGAUAGAUCACAAUAUCUCUGUUAUGGCUUUAUCAUUUGUUGGAAAAUUUAUGGGCGUUAGGCCUAACAUUGAUGUUGUUAGAUCUUUCAUUAAGAGGAGAUGGCACCUAAAAUUGCAAACUGAAAUUACAGCUAUGGCUAAAGUUUUUUUCUCCUUUACCUUCUCUUGUGAGGAAGAUUUGUCUGAUGUUCUUUGUGGAGGCCCUUGGGUUAUCGGGAAGACUUCAUUGGAUUUGAAGUGUUGGUCCCCUAAUUUGGAUCUGAAUGAUGGUAUUUUUUGUUCUGCCCCUGUUUGGGUUAGAUUGCCUAGUUUUCCCUUGAAGUUUUGGCAUGAGGAUGUAUUUAAGGGUUUGGCUAGCUCAUUUUGGGAACUUCUAUCUGUUGACUCAAUGAUGGCGGCUAGGAAAAGAAUAGUUUAUGUGCCGAUCUGUGUUUGUGUUAAUCAAAAUACUGAUCUCCCAUCCUCAGUGGAUAUCAUUUCUAAGUUGGGAAAAUUGACCCAGCAAGUUGAAUUAGAGACUAUGUCUUUUGUUUGUUUUAACUGCAAAAAAUCUGGGCAUUGGACUAAAAACUAUCCUUUGCAAAUUGAUAAGGUUGUUGCCCCCUCUAAAAUAAAUUUUGGACUAAAAAAUGGCCCUCAUGAGAAGACUUGGAGAGAAAAAACUUCAAAGGUGGUUCAUAAUGAAGAUGGUAGUAUUGAGACGGUCAAGGAUAUUGCUAAUCAGGGGGACUUGAAGGGAUUUGAUUCUUCCGGUCCGGUUCAAUUAGAGGAAGAUGGAGAUAUUGAUGUUAUCAAGAUGAAAUCAGAAGUCCAGUAG